UUAGACAAAAUUUGACAAAAUUUUGUCUAAAAUCAAAAAUAGUUUGUGACUAAAAAUAGUGCAUACAAGAGGUGUAAAGCCAAGCAAAGGUGGUAAGAAAGAAAAUGGACGAAUCGAACAUUCCAUCGUUCACGUUAGGUGAUUUCGACCCUAACUACGUGUCGAGGUCAUUCCCAACUGGUGAGUAUGAUGCCACCGGAUCGGCUCCAACACCACCAGUUAUGGAGCCACCGGCGGGUUCAGAAGCAUCCGGCACUAUGAGUGGGAGUGCAUCGACGAACACCGGCUCAAAGAGAUCAAGAACUUCCGGUGUUUGGCAACAUUUCGAUGAGGUGGCCAUGACAGGCCCUGAUGGAAGGCAGGUAACAUUCGCGAGAUGUAGAAUAUGCAAAAAUAAGUUAUCUGCAAAAUCAUCUGGUGGAACAGGACAUUUGAAGCGGCAUGCCGAGGCUUGUGCAAAGAAGCAAGGAAUCCAACUACGACAGCAACAACUACUACUAAAUCCUGAUGGUACGGUACGUACGUGGGAGUAUGAUCCUAUGGUAGCUCGAGAAAAUCUUGCCCGUUUAAUUGCUAGACAAGAUUUACCCUUGAACUUUGGUGAGAGUCCUGCAUUUGAAAAUUACAUAAAAAAUUCUCAUAAUCCUAGGUUUCAAGCUGUUAGUAGACAAACCACAACCCGUGAUUUGAAAAAUGUCUAUGACAAAGGUUAUGAAUCACUGAAGGAAUUAUUUAGUACAUGCACCUUUUCUGUCAGUGUCACCUCAGACAUAUGGAGUAGUAGGGCUAAAGAGGAUUACCUUAGUGUAGUUGUACAUUUCAUUGAUGAUGAUUGGCAAAUGCAAAAAAGAGUUCUUGGCUUAAGGUUAAUUGAUGUUUCACAUACUGGUGAAAAUAUAGCAGAGAGAAUUCGAGAGGUUAUUGAUGAGUUUAACCUUGCAGAUAAAAUUUUUGCUGUAACAAUGGAUAAUGCAUCUGCAAAUUCUAGGGCCAUGGAAAUUCUACAACCAUUAUUUUGUAUUUAUGCUCAAUCAUUUCUUCUGCAUUAGCGUUGUGCAUGCCAUAUCAUUAAUCUAAUUGUUAAAUGUGGGUUUAAGAGAGUUAAUGUACACAUCGACGCUGUUCGUCAAGCAAUCACGUGGUUAACUGCUUCAAACCCACGGAUUGCACAGUGGAAAAGGUAUUGUUGUGCAUCGGGUGAGCCCCCACGUAAGU